CAAGUGUUCAUUGUAAUUUGAAAAUUUUACCUUUAAAAAAUUGAAUCGCCUACGGUUUAUAGAGUUUUCUGUUUUUUUGCUUUGUUAAUCCUUAAUCGUGUCUAGUUUCUACUAUACGACAAACACAACUGUUCAACAUGUUUCCAAAGUACUCUCCACAUAACAUACCAAUCAAAACUUUGAGCAUUAUGUAUGAACAUUUUCGAAUCUUGUACGGGUUCUUCCAAGAGCAAACCUUAUGCGAUGUCACGCUGAUAUGUGAUGAUGGCGUUCAAAUUUUAGCUCAUAAAGCAAUUUUAGCAUCUGCAAGCCCUAUGCUGUUAGCAAUGUUCAAUGGUGGCUUUAAGGAGACUAAAGAAAUUAGUAUGCCUAUUAAAGAUAUUGAGUCUGGUAUAUUGACGUCAAUUGUAACUUGUGCAUAUACAUUUCAGAUGGAUAUCCAGGAAAAUAAUAUAGAAAAACUAUUGAGAGCUUCUGAAUACUUUCAAUUUAACUAUGCUAAGGAUUUAUGUUACGAUUAUGUUAAAAAAAACAUAAACGUCAAUAAUUGUAUUAAUUUUAUGAGCUUUUCUGAACCUACAUCACAAAAAGGGCUAUACACUUAUUGUUUCUUGUAUUGUUUAGAACAUUUUAAAACAAUUCUGGAAAAUGAAUCGCAAGUAAUAGAAUUAUAUGAAUUAAAUUUUGAAGAUAUUACUAAGCUCAUAUCAAAUGAUCAUUUGGUGGUUGAAUUUGAAGAAAAGAUAAUUGAUUUCAUUUUUGAAUGGAUAAAAUAUGAUUUAGAGGAACGAAGUAAAUAUUUAUCAAAUUUACUUAAUUAUUUGAGGUUACCUUUAAUUUCGAAAAAAGCAAUACUACGAAUAUGUGAUGAACCAUUGAUGAGAAGCCAACUUGAAUGUUCGUUGGAUAUCAUGAAAAAUUAUUUAUCUGUCGAUGUUGAUGAAAAUAUUACAAAAGCAACAAUGAGGACACCUCAUUUGUAUAAUCCAAAUUUUAUUUUUGCUAUUAAAGGUCAAUCCAAUUGUGAUGAUUCUUAUGUAAUGUUUAUGGAUCUGAGGCGGGAAAAUGAUCUUAAUUGGAAAUCAUGUGAUUAUUCAUUUUUUUGUCCACCCCAUCGAGAUGCAACUUUGGUCGUUUCGGAAACUGGAAUACUACUUGCAAUUGGAGGAUAUAAUGAAUUAGGAAAAUGGAAUAAUUGUGUUGAUGAACUAGACCUUACUUCUACUACAAAAAUGUGGAUACCUACAACGCCUUUGCGAAGAUUACGAUAUUAUUUUUCUGUUUGCACCCAAGGAAAAUAUAUAUAUGUGGUAGGAGGUGAAGAUACUUUUGGAGAAACAUUAGAUUCAAUAGAAUGUUAUGAUACAUAUUCGAAAGUAUGGGCCGAAAUAGAAGAGCCAAUGCCAAACGGUCGGAACUUAUGCAGUUCAAUAAUUCACAACUCUCGUUUAUAUGUUUUCAUUUUUUUUUCUAUGAAGUUUGGUGGAUAUGAUAAUAGUGGUGGUGACAACUUUUUUAGUAGUGUAGACUGCUAUGAUCUACUAAAACGAUGUUGGAUACAGUGUCAUCCUAUGCCUACAGCUACUGCUGUUGUAGGAUGGGUAACGAUGGGCAUUUCAGAUAGAGAAAAUGAUAUUUAUUUAUUUGGCAGUUAUAAAAAACUCAAAGGCGCUUACAAAAUGAACAUAAAUGAUUCAAAAUGGGAUACCCUACCUGAUAUGAUCAACCGAAAAAGGUUUGCAAAUGCCGUUACUAUUGAAAACGAUUUAUUUGUUGUCGGGAAAAAUACCGUAUGGUGGCUCACAAAAAAUGAUGAAGAACCCGAGGGAGUCUUUUGCGAAAGAUAUAUUGCUGAAAAAAACAUAUGGCAAGAGAUUGUGUCAUCAAAUAUAUUAAGUGAUUAUGAUCAUAUAAUUUGUCUUAAUGAUGCGAAAUUGAAAACAUUUAAUAUUGACAUAUCAUAAAAAUUUUAAUAUUAUAUACUAUGAAAUUAUAAAAAUAUUUUUUUAAAAGAUAAUCAAAACUGAGUAAUACU